ACAAUCAUCGUCAUGAUGUAAACCACUUCUGUUCUUUUGCUUGAAACUGCAAUACAUCCGCACCAGCACUUCAAAAACAACAUGGCGAAAGAAUUCCAGGGCAAAGUCGCGCUCAUAACAGGAGCAGCAAGCGGUAUUGGCCGGGCAACGGCCCUCAAACUCUCCUCCCUCGGCGCUUCCCUCUCCCUCUGCGACCUUGACGCCUCAAAGCUCGAAGCCGUGGCCGCCUCAUGCAGCACACCGAGCCACACCUCGCGAGUCGACGUGAGCAGCAAAGAAGACGUACAACGCUUUGUAUCAGUAGUAUUACACACAUACGGGAGGCUCGACUACGUUUUCAAUUGCGCCGGCGUGAACCCCACCAGCAUUCCACUCGAGGAAACCUCCGACGAAUACUGGGAUAAGCUCGUAAACACAAACCUCAAAGGCGUCUUCCUUGUCACUCGCGCCUGUCUCCCGCAUCUCCAACGCGGCGCUGCCAUUGUAAAUGUCUCCUCUAUCUCGGGUAUCCGUGGCUCUGCGCUACAGUCUGUGUACUGUACUACCAAGUUCGGACUGAUUGGCAUGUCUAAGUCGUUGGCACUGGAGCUGGGGCCUAGGGGUAUCAGGGUGAAUUGCGUGGCGCCUGGAUAUAUCGAUACGCCGAGUAAUGCGGGUAUUGUCAAGGGUGGGGAGGCGAUAGAGAGGAUGAGGAAUGGGAAUGCGUUGGAAAGAUUGGGAACGCCCGAGGAAGUAGCAGAUGUUGUGGCGUUUUUGUUUGGGGAAGGGGCGAGGUAUGUUAACGGGGCGGUGGUGGAGAUUGAUGGGGCAAUUAAGAUGAGUAGUACUACUAGCAAAUGAGACAAUGACAAUGGACUUCCCGAGUUUGG